GGUCGCAUUUGUCCAACAUGGCGGCGUCCAUGGCGAGUACCUGCUGUCACGUAUCGCGGCAUGGAGCGUGUAUUCUGCGUGGACGAACGAGCCUUCGCCUCACGCUCGGGUGUAAACUGCACUGUUCUUCGCCGGCACUCAACGGACUGCUCUAUUCUCUGAAUAAACGCGGUGUUCUGAAGGAGUCUUUCCCGGAAGACGCCGCGCAGGACCGGCUCCCUCGGUUGCUCCAGUCCGGCGCUCAGACCGCCUACUGCGGCUUCGACCCCACGGCCGACAGCCUCCACGUGGGCAACCUGCUCGCGAUCGUCGGCCUGCUGCACUUCCGGAGCGCCGGGCACCACGUCCUCGCCGUGCUCGGAGGGGCCACGGCGCUCAUCGGGGACCCGAGUGGGAAAACGAGCGAGCGAGAGCCGAUGUCUGCGGACGCCGUGGAGGCGAACACCCGCAGCAUCCGGGAGAGCAUCCAGAGGAUUUUCGCCAACCACGAGGUGUACGUGCGGGACGGUUCCACAAAACUGGGCACGUUGACUGUGCUGAACAACCUGAGCUGGUACAAGAACUGGGGGGCGGUGGACUUCCUGUCGGAGGCCGGACGCCACUUCAGGAUGGGCACCAUGCUCAGUCGCCACAGCGUGCAGUCCCGGCUGAAGAGCGCAGACGGUAUGAGCCUCACCGAGUUCACCUACCAGGUGUUCCAAGCCUAUGACUUCCACCACCUGAACCAAAUAUACGGCUGCAAGAUUCAGCUCGGGGGCACCGACCAGCUGGGCAAUUUGAUGUCUGGCCACGAGUACAUUCACAAAGUGAGCGGGGAGGAGGUGUACGGCCUCACCGUCCCGCUGGUGACCAGCUCCACCGGGGACAAGCUGGGGAAGACGGCCGGCAACGCAGUGUGGCUCAACAGAGACAAGACCUCUCCCUUUGAGCUCUACCAGUUCUUUCUCAGGCAGCCUGACGCCAGUGUGGAAAGGUACCUGAAGCUGUUCACCUUCCUGCCUCUGGCCGAGGUGGAGCGGCUGAUGGAGCAGCAGAGGGAGGACCCGGGGAAACGCCUCGCACACAAACGGCUGGCCGCAGAGGUGACCAAACUGGUGCACGGCAAGGAGGGCCUCGAGAGCGCAAAGAGAUGUACCAACGCACUGUACCACGACAGCGUGCAGGCCUUGGAGGAAAUGAGUGAUGAUGAGCUCCAGGAGCUCUUCAGGGAGGCGCCCUUCCACGAGCUGCUGUUGGAGCCGGGCACCACUGUGAUUGACGCCUGCCGCCGGGUCCACGCCAUCCCACAGGGACCCAGAGGGUAUCAGAUGGUUUCAGACGGAGCCGUGUGGAUCAACCACAGGCGGACGGACAAACCCGAGCAGCUGCUGAUCCCCAAACUGCAUAUCCUGUCGAAUGGCCUCUCCUUGCUCCGAGUGGGCAAGAGGAACUUCUACAUCAUCAAGUGGCUCGCUCUCUGAGGCUGUGUGCUCUCGCAAAAGGGACCAGUUUGACCUGUGACGGCCCUGCCGGAAAGGUAGGCCACUGGCAGGGGUCGGUGAGGAGACGUGGCUGGACUGACUUUUUUUUUUUUUUUAACAUAGUGUUUUUGGCGUUGCGAUUUGGCUAUGGUUGUCAAAUAUAAAUAUGUAAAUGUACAGAUGUGACGUUUAUUCAAAGCUAUGGUAUUAAAAGGCGCUUGAUAUACAGAUUGUCGCCUGCUGACUUUGUACCGCCGCAGAGAUCUCUGAAAGUGACCGCUAGAGGGCAGCAUUGACCCAGUCAAGGGUGGCGCUUACAGGCACCCACAGCUGCAGCACAUAUCCUGCUGUGACCCCAUCGGUGAAUAAUUGCCGACACUAAAUUAAAAUUGCAUAAUUUCUCGCAAAUAGUUUAUAGUUCUAUUUUAAGCAAAUCAUGUUUUGUUUUUUUCCCCCUCUUAUUUAUUGUGAAUAUAAGGCCAACAUCUGUCUUAGUGUGGCUGGGUUUUUUUCUGUCUUAGUGGUGGAAGGUGUAAAUUGUACCAGAAAGAAACGUACGAGGUUUUGGAUGAUUUCCGAAAUGAACUAAUCUGGCUUGUAGAUUAUUUUUUGAUUGCAUAAAUUUUAUAUUUCCAUUAGUGGAAUGUUUUUUUUCAAUACUCGCUUUGGUUUUCCACCACAGCACAAACUUCUCACUGUGGUGUAAAUAACCUAAUAACAUUCAGCAUGCAGGGCCUUUGUCUGUCAUUCUUAAUUUAGUCUUUCUGGAUUUUAUUUUAUUUGCAUUUGCAGACUUCUUAAAGUGAAGAUGUGCAUCACUCUCUAUUUAUUGUACAUCUGGUCAUCUCUUUUUCUCCUGGGGGCUGGUGGAGAUGAGGACAUGGUCUGCUGUGUGCUGACCUUGACUUGCACAUCUCAGCUCUAGGGAAUGGGUUGUAAUACCAUAUGGAUACACGUUUACCCAAUUUACAGAUUUAGUUUUCAGCCAAUGCUUGAUAGUUUUGACAUCGAGGCGGUAUACCAACUGGAACAGAAAGCCAACACCUUGAAGCAUCUAUUCGGAAAUGUAAUUUAUUUUAAAGAAAAAUAUUUAGAAGCAUUUACCUUUUUUAACCGAUUGAGAAAACCCCCUCCACACCCUAUUUUUCUAAAUCGUAAUGCAUAUUUUCUUGGCAGCCGUUUGACUUUUGUUUUUUAAUCUCUUUACAAAUAUAUAUAUUUAUAUUUUAUGAUUUUCUAUAUGUAUUAAAUUUGGUUGGGGUUUAAAGUAGAUGUAAUAAGGUGUAGUUCAUUAAAAUGUAAAACAAAGACAUGUUAAACUCUACCAUGAAAUGUACCUAGUUUUUUUUAUUUACAUUAUACAUGUCUGCCAGUUGACAUUAAAAUGCUAGCAAAGAUAAUGUUUUUCUUUAAGUUUACAGAAAUAAAUAAAAGUAAACUAAUGAACAUAUAUUUAUUGUUGGACAAAAUGCAAUGUGUUUAUGUGGGUGAAACAAUCCUUAAAGUAGUGAUGUACUGAAACUGUUCUGAGGACAGGCUGAAUGUUUCAAUUUAUUAUAUUUUCGUUGCCAAAACGGGUUUUAACUUUUGAAUAAAAACUCGUAUUUGGUGUAAUAUGCAGACGUGCUGGAUGUUGCAAGCCUGCCGCAACUAGCUAGUCCACCUUAAGAGAAGUAGGCGGGU